AUGUCUCCUCACAAUAUGAACGGCCCAAGCAUUAAAAUUGCUAUCGAUCGCGGUGGCACAUUCACGGAUUGUCUGGGCAUCAUUGAGGGUCGCGAAAAGGAAAUCGUGGUCAAACUUCUUUCGCAAGACCCCGCCAACUAUGCCGAUGCCCCCAUUGAGGGUAUUCGACGUAUUUUAGAACAAGCCACUGGAAAAGUGUUCCCACGCGACGAACAGCUCACAACAGCUGAUUUCUCGGAUGUGAGCAUCCGCAUGGGAACGACGGUUGCGACAAAUGCUCUCUUGGAGCGGAAAGGCGAGCGUCACGCAUUGUUGAUCACGAAAGGAUUCAAAGACGCUCUAAAAAUUGGCACACAAUCUCGACCCAAGUUGUUUGCGCUGAACAUCCAAAGACCCGACGUCUUGUAUGAAGAUGUCGUGGAGGUCAACGAGCGUGUCACCAUCGAGGACUACCAGCAAAAUCCAACACCAGACAAAGAAAGCCUUCAGCACGCUUUGGAGUUAGAUCCUUAUCUAAUGAGAGGCGUCAGUGGAGAAGUAGUACGUAUUUUGGAACCACUUGAUGAAGCGGAAACGAGGCAGAGCCUCCAAGAAAUAUACAAUAAAGGUUAUCGUUCCAUCGCGGUGUGUCUGGUCCAUUCAUACACAUUUCAAGAUCACGAAUUGGCGAUUCAACGCAUUGCGAAAGAAAUCGGUUUUACACAAAUAUCUCUAUCAAGUCAGCUGCUACCAAUGAUUAAGAUGACUUCGCGCGGUGCUUCUGCCACUGCUGAUGCCUAUCUGACGCCGGUCAUCCAGCGGUACAUUCAUGGCUUUCGUUCGGAUUUUAAAGAUGGGUUGUGCUCUGCAGAUACCCGAUGUGAGUUUAUGCAAAGUGACGGAGGCCUAGCAAAUUUUGAAAGAUUCACUGGACUUCGUGCCAUCCUGUCAGGCCCCGCUGGAGGUGUCGUGGGAUAUGCUGGGACAUCAUUUGAUGAAAAUGAUAGAACCCCUGUUAUUGGAUUUGACAUGGGUGGAACCAGCACAGAUGUCUCCAGAUAUGAUGGCAAGCUAGAGCACACUUUUGAGAACACCAUAUCAGGCGUAACAGUGAUGGCUCCCCAGCUAGAUAUCAACACCGUCGCUGCAGGUGGUGGAAGUAUCCUCUUUUGGCGACAUGGACUGUUUGUUGUGGGCCCAGAGUCAGCGGGCGCACAUCCAGGUCCAGCAUGUUAUCGAAAGGGAGGACCCUUGACAGUCACCGAUGCCAAUCUUUUCCUCGGGCGUCUUCUUCCAGAAUACUUCCCCAAGAUUUUCGGUCCUAACGAGAACCUGUCCCUCGAUGUGGAGGUUACUCGCACUAAAUUUACAGAGUUGGCCAAGCAGAUCAAUGCUGAGACAUGUCAGAACAAGUCGCCAGAAGAAAUAGCACUUGGCUUUAUUCAGGUAGCGAACGAAUCAAUGUGCAAACCUAUUCGCGCUUUGACAGAGGCCCGUGGAUAUGACACCUCAACACAUAAUCUGGCCUGCUUUGGUGGCGCUGGAGGACAGCAUGCCUGUGCAAUUGCGUCCUCUUUAUCUAUCGGUACUGUUAUAAUUCACCGAUAUUCCUCAAUUUUGUCAGCAUACGGCAUGGCUCUGGCAGAUGUUGUUCAUGAAGCCCAGGAACCAGCAUCUGGUGUUUUGGAUGAAGUUGCGAUUCAAAGCAUCAGGCAGCGCAUUAUCAAUCUGAAGGCCAAAGUCACUGACGGAUUAUCAAGUGAUGGCAUCGAUGCGACGCAAGUCCAGCACGAAGUCUACCUCAAUCUUCGAUACCAAGGAACAGACAAUCUACUAAUGAUAUUGGAGCCGGAACAUGGAGAUUUCGGUGCCGACUUUAUCAAAGAACAUCAACGCGAGUUUUCAUUCACGUUCCCUGGACGCAAUAUUUUGGUCGAAGAUAUUCGAGUUCGUGGUGUUGGAAAAGCCACAUCUAUCACGCCUGAAGCGCCUCAGAAAGAGCUAAAGUCUCUGGUAGCCCAGCCUAUUGGAGCCGAGAAUGAGGACGAUUCCUCUUCGGUGUACUUUGCUGGUGUGGGUCAAACUACUACACCAAUAUUCUUCCUCAGUGAUUUGCGGUCAGGAAGUUUCAUCCAAGGUCCUGCGAUGAUAAUUGACAAUACUCAAACCAUUGUGGUCGAGCCAUAUGCGACGGCUACUAUAUUAGCUAGACAUGUCAUAUUGAAUGUCCAGUCAUCAAAGAAACAGACCGAUGACGCGACUGUCGUGGAUCCGAUCAAACUCUCAAUCUUUGGGCACCGAUUCAUGUCUGUGGCGGAUCAAAUGAGCCGUAUGUUCCAGAAAACUUCAGUCUCUACAAACAUCAAGGAGCGUCUUGAUUUUUCUUGUGCUGUGUUCUCACCAGACGGAAAGCUGGUUGCGAAUGCACCGAAUGUGCCAGUUCAUUUGGGAAGUAUGGAAUAUGCUGUCAGAUAUCAGCAUGAACAGUAUCGAGGGGAUCUAAAGCCUGGGGACCAUAUCCUCACCAACCAUCCACUUGCUGGAGGAACCCAUCUACCUGAUAUUACCAUUAUCACACCAGUUUGGGAUCACGAAGGGGAGAAUAUCAUCUUCUAUGUUGCUUCGCGUGGCCACCACGCUGAAAUUGGUGGCAUUUCCCCCGGCUCUAUGCCGUCCGACAGCAAAAUGUUGUACGAAGAAGGCGCCAUGACAAUGGGAUUCAAAGUUUUCUCUCAGGGCCGCUUUAACGAGGAGAUUGUUCGUAAAUUCCUUUAUGAUAAACCAGCCUCAUACCCCAGCUGCAGCGGCACUCGCACAUACAACGACAAUGUGUCGGAUCUGAAAGCGGCUAUCGCGGCGAAUUACAAAGGUGCCCAACUUUUGGAGGUUCUUGUUGCCGAAAAUUCUCAAGAAGUGGUGCAUUUCUAUAUGGAUGCGAUAAAGCGCAACGCGGAAGUCGCCGUUCGCGAGCUUCUCAAGUCAAUAGGGCGAAAAAAUCCAGGGAAACCACUUCAAUUUUCCGAUUUCAUGGAUGACGGCACUGAGAUCAGGCUGGAAAUCCGUAUCGAUUCCGAGACUGGAUCUGCCGUCUUUGACUUCACCGGAACAGGUCGCGAGACCUUUAAUUGUCUGAACGCGCCCAAAGCAAUCGCCCAUUCUGCUAUUAUAUAUAGUCUGCGCGCGUUGAUUGACGUUGACAUUCCAUUGAACCAGGGCUGUCUUGCCCCUGUUAAUGUGAUUAUUCCCUCUGGAACAUUGCUCAACCCAUCUGGUCACGCUGCUGUCUGCGCUGGAAACCCGAUCACUUCUCAGCGUAUCACAGAUGUUGUUCUCGGGGCAUUUGGUGCAUGUGCUGCCUCUCAAGGCUGCUGCAACAUUAUUUCAUUUGGAAUGGGAGGUGUUGAUCCUAAAUCUGGCAUCGAAGUUCCCGGAUUUGGUGUUGGUGAAACCAUUUGUGGAGGCUCCGGUGCUGGACCUUCCUGGCAUGGCACAUCGGGCGUGCAUGUCCAUAUGACAAAUACGCGUAUCACCGAUGCAGAGGUCUAUGAGCUAAGGUACCCGGUUAUUUUGCGUCAAUUCGCGAUUCAUAAUGGAUCCGGUGGUCAAGGCCAGUUCCGGGGUGGAGACGGUGUCAUCCGCGAGCUGGAGUUCCGUAUCCCUCUGUCUGUUUCAAUGCUCAGUGAGCGGCGGGUCUAUCGACCAUACGGAAUGGCUGGUGGUGAUCAUGGCCAAGCUGGGUUGAAUCUCUACGUGAAGAAAGAGCUGGAUGGUACGGAGAGGACAAUCAAUAUCGGAGGAAAGAUGGAGCUGCAAGUGCAACCUGGAGAGCGAAUUUUGAUCCACACUCCCGGUGGUGGUGGCUGGGGCAUGCCAUCAGACCAGAUGGAGUUGAAUGGUAGUAAUGUUAAUGGUAAUAGCUCAGUGUUCCAGCCUCGCGGCAGCGUCCACAACUUCAGUCAAAUGGCUGAGGCAGCGAUGUAG